AUGAAAAGAAUAACAGAAAGUAAAGAAACAUUCCACACUGUUUCGCCUUUCCUUGUUGAAAAGGCCGUCGUUAGUACACUUGGUGAAGUUUCUUCUAUUCGCAAACUUCGUUCUGGAGACUUGUUGAUUGAAGUAAACUCCCGACUACAAGCACAACAGAUUCUCAAGUUGAAAGCUUUGGCAACUAUUCCUGUAUCCGUUACCGCUCACACAUCUUUAAAUACCUCUAAAGGUGUGAUAACUUGUGGGGAGUUACUUAAUACUUCCAAUGAAGAUAUUAUAAAAGAAUUCAAAUCUGAAGGAGUAAUUCAUGUACGCCGCAUCUCAAUUCGGCGAGACGGACAACUCCUUCCCACAAAGCAUCUUGUUCUCACCUUUCAAACACCAACAUUGCCAGAAAAGAUUUUAACUGAGAAAGAAACCCCUGAUUCCCUUGAAAAACAAACCCCUGUUAAAUCAUCUGAUUCGGAUACUGAACCAUCUACAAACAGUGCUCCAGAAACUCAUGAAACCAGAAAACGGAAACCAAAACCCCAACGUUCUCUAAAGCUAAAACUUUCCAAACGCGGUCUUUCGCAAGAAAUGAUAUCAGAGAAACUGAAAUCAAAAUUGAAAUCUAAAACCCAAAAUUCUGUAGCUCUAGAACUUGCAAAGCAGGGCAUAGCCCACAAAGAUUUAAUAUCUGUUUUCGGUAACCCGCCCAAAACUCCAGAUCUCAUCACCCUCCAUCCAUCUGAAGGGGAUGAGGAUUUUGAAAUGAGUUGCGAUGUUUCGGCAACUCAAACUAUUGUUUCCAAGCAUGCUCAACUUGCAAAACUCUCGAUUUGGACUGAGCAGAAGUACCCUAAACAAUGGAGCGAAGCUACUGUAAUUCCAAUUCUAAAGCCUGGGAAAGAUCCAUCAAGCCCUUUACACUACAGACCAAUUGCUCUUACCAACUGUCUUUGCAAGACUUUUGAACGCAUGGUUAAUGCUCGUCUAAUCUACGAAUUGGAGAAACAAGGCUGCAUCUCCCAGUUGCAGAGCGGUUUCCGCAAAGGAAGAUCGACUUUUGAUAAUCUGAUUUUGCUGGAAACCCAAAUUCGCAAUGCAAGGAGAAACCACCUUGUGUCCAUAUUCUUUGAUAUUGAGAGGGCUUAUGAGCAGUUGUAUAUGUGA